AUGUACGAGAAAUCAAUCCCUCUAGUACUGUUGCUAGUACAGAAUGUUCUCGGUCUGCCGGCAGGCAAUGAGUACUCGGAUGUUACCGGUAACGGCGUGGAUGGAGCCUCCGAGAAUACCAAUAACGGCGCCUAUGGGGCCUCGUAUGGAUCUACAAAUGUCGACAUUGGUGGCAAUAUCGCUCCCUCGGCCCAAAAUGUGAUCAAUCCCCAAAACGCAGUUGGGGAUGGUCCUUAUCCGAAUCCCCCGGUCAAUCCACCAGGUCCAGCCUAUGGGAGUGUCAUCAAUUCUGUGGGCUCUCAAGAGGUCAUAACUUCAACAAUUAUAGUAACUUGGACCACGGACAGACCUAUUAAGCCAACAAUGGCCUCAAAUGGCAUUCCGAUUGACCGAGGGCAUUUCAUCGAGGCAAAUGCGGAUCAGAGAGGCCCAGUCCAGGCUCCCGAUGCUCUUAAUGGCCCAGCCACCCCAUCAGCCAGUGUUAGUGAUGCCGCAUACUCGUCCACGCCAGGCAGUGUCACUGGGGGCGUCGCUUCCUCAAGCCACCUUGUUGAUACUUCGUCCCAGUCUACCGCUCCUGCCAUCCCUGCGGGCAAUAGCAAUGGUGCUUCAAUUACACCAGGCUCUGCCUCGCCCCCAGACGCAACUCCUUCAUCCAACGCAGCAGACGAGUCUCCUGACACCACAACAGACGACGACACGAUCCCUCCUAUAACAAGGGCACCACGCCUACCAACGUUCGCGGAGGUCCCACCUCGAUUCUCCACAAUGAGAAUUGAGUCUAUGGCCAACCAGAACGGUCUUCUAAGAACCGCGCUAAACGGGAUUCAAACCAUCCUUCCGGUGAUUGACGGACUGGGGUUGCUCGGAAUUGAGAGUGAGGGUACAUAUUUGAACCUGCCUGGCUUGCUUGACGCAAUUGAUAUUCCUUGUCUAUUCCGCUGCAACACGCCCCCUUCACCUGCUAGCCCUCAGCCUGGAGCUGUUCCACAAGCCCCCGCAGCCGCUCCGGUUGCUGGCGGUGCUGUUGGCGCUAUUGGCGCUGGUGCUCCAGCCGCUGCUGGUAUGGCUGCUGGAGGCGCUGAAGCUGUUGGUGGAUCAGUCGGUGCUGGUGCCCCCGCUGUUGCUGGAGCUGUUGCUGGAGGUGCUCAAGCUGCGGGUGGCGCAGUCGGUGCUGGUGUCCCCGCGGCUGCUGGUGCGGCUGCUGGAGGAGCUGGAAUUAUUAGCGGAAUAUUCGGCGCUGGUGCUGGAGCCGGUGCUGGAGCGCUUGCUGGAGGUGCUGAAGCUGUUGGUGGAACAGUAGGUGCUGGUGCUCCAGCCGCUGCUAAUGCGGUUGGUGGUGGUGCUCAGGGGAUUGCUGAUGCAGUGGGUAAUGCCCCAGUCGAAGCUCCACAAGCUCCAGCGGUACAAGCACCCGUGGCUCAAGCGCCUGAAGUUGGCGGUGGCUCAGCCAAUAACCCUCUCUUAGGCUCUCCCGGUAGAAGCCUUGCUAAAGGAAUACAACAUGGCAUUGAAAAUGGCCUUGAUCAAUCAGGAGGAAUGUCCGCGUCAAAUAAUCUGCCCGCCCAAGCUCUAGACGGGCAUGCCAAUGACGCGGUGAACAAUGUGAGUCCGCAGCCAGGGUCAGACUCUAUCCAGAACGCCCCGGUCAAUGGAAUGGACAGCGGUAAUGCCAACGAUAUGAUUUACCCCGUGGCUGCAUCCAGUUCACCUCCACCAGAGCCUGUUCACAGUGGAUUAACAAAUGGCAAUGAAAACAACAUGUACCAACCUGCAGCACCCAUGCCAGUUAACUCUGCUCAGGCAAUUCCUGUCCAGGAUGGGCUACAGCGAGGUAUUAAUGACAAUAUGGCUCCGGCUGGAGGCCUACCGCAACCCAACCAAGGCCUGACUGGACCUGGUCAAAAUGGCCUAUACAAUGGGUACGGCAACAACAUCGCUCCCCCAGCGGGCUCUAUAGUACCAAACUAUCCCCAAGCGGGUCCGCCCCAGAAUGCCGCAUAUAUGGGCAUGGACAACAAUAUGAAUAACGGCAAUAUGCAGCCAGCAAACAACAUGGGCCUAGCUAUGCCUCCUGCAGGCGCAACGAUGGAUUCCGUCCUCAAUGGCGCACAGGGCCCCCGGCGGCGGGCAGAUUGUUCAACCCAAUGCGGUGGAGGGAGGGCCUAUGGUCGUACCAGGGCAAGUGAACUACCCAUCUAG